AUGGAAUCAUCAAUGGUUUCUUUGAAUAUAAUUGCAAAAAGUUUAUUAACUUAUUACGUUCACAAAGUACUCUUUUAUCUAUAUACUGCUUUAGAGAGACUUGCUUGUUUACUUGUAAGAAUAAAAAGAAAAAAUCUCGUCAGGAGUUGAUAGCAAAUAAAACCACAGUAGAAAAACGAACACAUUAUGAAGUCUAAUCGAUGGAAUCUUUCUAGUCAUACGUUCGAUUUAAGGAUUAAACGAUCUGGCCACUUAAAGCAUUCUGAUGACGUUAAGAUUAGUUAGCUUGACUUCCGUUGACAACCAUCUAAUUUUGAAUUUGACUUUGCAAAUAUCAUGUCAUCGAAAGAGACCAUAAGAUUUAGAUUUCCAGAACAAUUAAGGCAUGGAAAUGCGUCGGUGUCAUAAACAUAACUUUUUUUAUAUGAUAUUAGACCAUCGAUUAUAACAAGUGCGAUCUGUCGAAUUGCCUGGUGACAUAGAACGAGAAUUGGCAACGGAAGUAAGUAUUCUUUGGAGCAAGUCCGCAGAUAAUCAAAAACAGAACGAUACUGGUUAAAAUUCUGGGUGCUGUGAUGCACAACAGCGAUGAAGCUGACACUGUUAAGUAAUAUUUUAUGUGAACGCUUCGGACCAAAUGUGAAAAGAAAUCUUGAUUUAGGAUAGAAAUAAUCCGAUUCCGCAAAAACAUGUCUAACUUGGAUCGGAAUUCUUACCUUCUAGCUGAAAUGGAGGACACGGAGGAUUACCACUUGGGCGUGGAUUACGGAUCGGCGGAUCAUAAGAGGGCGUCAGCCAUGCCGUCCCAGGGAUCGCUAUUUACCAACUUCGAAGAAGUUCAGCUGACAGAUGAAGAGCGGGUAUAUCUAAAUGCUGCCUCCAUGGGGGAUGUGGGGAUCGUUCGGCAGUCCUUAGAGGAACCCGAUGGAGCACUGAACGUGAAUUGUGUGGAUUACAUGGGGAGGAACGCCCUGCAUCUUGCCAUUGACAGCGAAAAAAUAGGAGUCAUCGAGAUCCUCAUAGACAAUUUGAACUUUAACUGUAUAGAAGAGGCUCUGCUUCAUGCAAUUAGCAAAGGCGCAACGAAAAUCGUUAAACUGAUUAUUGAACAUCCCAACUUCAUGGCGGGUGAAGACAGGUUCAAAAGUUUCGGAGUUACCGAGGCAUUUUUCAGGACUGAAGAGAAAAGUCAAUUUCCUCCCGAUAUUACACCUUUAAUUUUAGCUGCUCACUAUAACAAUCAUGAAAUUGUUCAAAUGUUUUUGUCUAGAAAUCACAAAAUUGAAAAACCUCAUAGCAUAUCAUGUGCAUGCACGGAUUGUGCCACGAAACAGAACUAUGAUGCUUUGAAGCGAUCACGGUCACGGUUGAAUGCGUAUCGGGCUCUGGCUAGCCCGUCGUAUAUGGCUCUUUCAAGUCCAGACCCUAUUAUGACGACCUUUGAACUUCGACAGGAAAUGAUGAAAUUGGCAGAGGUGGAGAAAGAAUUCAAGAACGAAUACUUGGCACUGCUGGAACAGUGUAUGAACUUUGCCUGUGAACUGAUUGAUCUCUGUCGAGGUACACAGGAAGUGGAGGCUGUGGUUAGCGAGGGAACCGGAUGUGGGGAGCCUCUCGCGAGACUUAAAAUGGCAAUCAGAUAUCAGGAAAAGAAGUUUGUUGCUCACCCUAACUGCCAGCAGCACAUGACAACCCUCUGGUAUGGAUCUGAAAUGAGCUUCCUCCAGUCUCUGAGUUUGUGGAAACAACUCGCUUUCAUCCUUCUGUUUCUCCCAUGCAUUCCGUUUCUAUGUGUCGCAUACAUCAUUUUUCCAAACACUAAACCAGGAGCGGUCAUGCGCUGUCCCGUGACAAAGUUCAUCACGCAUGCCACGUCCCAUAUAUGUUUCCUCAUCCUAUUGGCGGCUGCUACAUUUCGUCUCACGGAGAGCGGCAUCUUAAUAACUUCCACAACAGACCUACACAACCCGACAUUCGAGUCGCUUACCAAAGAUGAAAAAAUUCUCAGUUUAUUAAAAGAAACUUUAAGACCUGCAAAUACCUUGCUGACCCAUGUUCAACUAUGUAUUGUUUUCUGGAUUUUAGGGCUUUUAUGGAUAGAAUGCAAGCAACUAUACAGUACAGGCUUACGAGCAUAUAUAACAGUGUAUCAGAAACUGAUAGACUUCAGUGUGUUAUCAAUGUACCUCGCCUCUUACGUUCUUCGCUUCUUUACAGAGUUUAGGAUAGCACAAGCUGAUAGGUAUUUCAAUGGUACUCAUGUUGCCAGAGAAUUACUGUUGCAGGAAAAUUACACCUAUUUUAACUGGAAACUAGAUGAAAUAAAAAACCCGAGGAAUGCACCGAUCAAUUAUUUCAUGGAAGCCUCGCGGUUCCACUGGAAAUCCAAUGAUCCAGAAAUCGUGUCGGAUGUCUUGUUUGCCAUUGCCAAUGUGAUAAGUUUUGCAAGAACUACCUACCUCAUGCCGGCUUUUGAGGUCCUGGGACCUCUUCAGAUAUCUCUGGGGCGUAUGAUUGGAGACAUCACGAGAUUUAUGGUCCUCUUCACUUUGGUUUUGUUUGCCUUCAUGGUUGGCCUUCAUAAUCUGUACUGGUACUACGGCGCUCAAAGAAUCAAGAUGGUUUUGAACGAGAAAACUGUAUACGUACAUGCGGCGGAAGCUUUUCAGGGUUUACGUCAGACGUUUUACAGCCUGUUCUGGUCUAUGUUUGGACAAGUUAGUAUCUCGGAUAUUAUCGUAAGGCAUCCAGGUCCAACGGGAGAACGUAGUUGUGUGCAAAUAGAUGGAGGGAAAAUUAUGUGUACACAGGAAAUGCGAAAUGAGUCAGUGUAUGGAGGUCCUACACCAGAAAAUGUGAACAUGGAGAGAAGCACGGACAUCGUGGAACAGGUCGGCAUGUACCUCUUCGCGCUCUAUCAUGUCGUCAUCAUCAUCGUUUUAAUCAACAUGCUUAUUGCUAUGAUGAGUCACUCAUUUGAAGAUAUUCAGACUGACUGUGAUGUAGAGUGGAAAUUUGCCAGAACCAAACUUUGGUUGAACUACAUGGACGAAGGAAGCACGCUCCCCGUGCCAUUCAAUAUGAUCCCUACACCCAAAUCACUAUGUUACGCGUGGAGGUUCUGCAAAGACCUGCUGGCCAUAUCGAAUGUGUCCUGGCUGGAAUAUCAAAGGAAGAAAAAACAAACAUUUAUUAAGAAAAGGAGAGAACGAGUAUGUAAAACCCUGGAUUUAAAAGUGGAGGAUACCUCAUACAGCGACAUAAUGCAGCGGUUGGUCCAACGAUAUCUCUUUAAAAUGGAACGUGCCAAAGAUGAAAAAGAAUCCGUUAAAGAUGGAGUACCUAAUUUGAGAAACGAAGAUGUGGAGAUUGUGGAGACCAAUGACACGCCACCUCCAGUUCCGGAUACUCCCAGUAGAAUUCCAUAUGCCACUCCAAUCAACGAGGAGGAGGAGGAUUUUCCACAUUCUAUAAACAAAAAUCUCAGGGCAGGAAUAGGAUCCAAACGGAAGUUGUGCAAUCGAUCGAACAUGCGCAGAGUGUCGAGCAGUGUGGCUCCUACUCCUACAACUCUUGUCAUCCCUCAACUAGACGCCAUUCAACGAUCACAGAAACUGUUAGACGUUCGUUUACAACACCUUCAAGCAAAUAGUAAAGAAAACAAUCGCAUUAUAGGCGAUAUUGAAUUCCUAAGGCGUGUAAUGACAGAAAAUCAGAAGGCGUUGUUUAAUAUUAUACAUGCUCUUGGAAACAUGCAAGGUGAAAUAGUUGACCUAGUUAAGUGUUUAUCCUCAACGCCAAUUCCAGACAAAAAUCAUAGUCAAAUGAACUCUUCGAAUUCCGUUUCAAAGUCUUCAGGGAAAAAGCGCACUAGUCAUCAGGAUGACGAAGAAAGUGAAGUGUGAUUUGCAGAGAGGGAGGGUGGAGGUUUUUAUGGGAUUUUUCCUUUUGAUUUUGCCCAUUCAAACAAUCAAUUGUUCAUAAGUAAAUUUUUAGAAUUUAACGUUUAAACUAAAUAGAUAGUACUAUUUAUGAUGAUAUGAUAGUAAUCAAUCUAAAACAUUUGUAGGCGCAUGCAUGUGGAGCAAUGAACAACAAUGAAAAAAAAAUUCAUCAAGAUUUUAAAGAAAGCAAAAAAGUGAUAUAUUUUAAAACUGAUUUAAAUGAAAUUUGCAAUAACGUCUGUUAGUAAAUUUUUGUUACUUUAAUAGAAUAUUGUGGAAAAUGUUGUUUCUUUGUAUGGAGACGGUAAUAAAAUUAAAAUUUGUUAAUUUA